CACAAAAUCAAAUGGGAAUAUAUAUUUUUCCUUUUAUCUGGAGGGCUAUUUAACUAGCAACAUAUAUUGGUUUGGUGUGCUCAAGAUGAUCCACAGACUUUGCUGAGGGAAUUAUGAAACUUCUCACAAUAUAUAUUGAGUAACCGGGUCAGGAUUUCUGAAAAAACAAAGACAUUGCUGAUCAACCAUGCUGCGGGUCACCACCGCCUCUCUGUGCGCCUACUGCCGGAGGAUGAGUCUCCUCGGCCCGCCCUGCGCCUCGGCCUCCACGGUGACUCCCCCCAACAAAAGACCGGAGAACCAGCUCACCGUGCACUCCCUCUACCAGCUGUCGGUGGACAUCCGAAAGGUGCGCAAGUCCAAGGGCUGGGUGCUGUCCGAGGGCGCCUCGUACGUGUCCGAAACCGCCUGCCUGCUGAGUGACAUGGGUGCAGACGCCACGGUCAUCACGCGCAUCCUGGAGGCGCACCCGGAGGCGGUGCUGUGUCGCCCGGAGGACGUGGCCGCCCAGCGGGACCUCUGGGUGUCCGUGUGCCCCAACAAGCGCGAGCUGAUGAGCAUCAUCGAGAAGUUCCCGGCGUCCUUCUUCACAUUAACUCACCAUGAUAACCAGCGGGCCAACAUCCUCUACCUCCAGAGUCUGCGCCUCAGCAACAGGAUCAUCGGCAAGCUGAUGGCCAGCGCCCCGCAGAGCUUCAGCCGGCCCGCCGAGCUCAACAAGGAGGUCAUCCACACCUUGAGGGAGGUCUACCUGGACCUGGGCGGAGACGAGGGCAACCUGCGCGUUUGGCUGCAGAAGCUGCUGAGCCAGAACCCGUACAUCCUGCUGCGGCCGGCCGAAGCCUGGAGGGACAGCCUGGGCUUCCUGAGGGAGCAGGGCUUCACCACGGAGGAGCUCCUCGGCCUGGUCUCCAGCCUCAGGGCCUCCAUCGCCGAGCUGCAGCCGGAGGCCAUGCAGCAGGCGCUGGGUUACAUCGAGGGGGUUCUGGCCUGCUCCAAGGACGAAAUCAGGCAGAUAGUCAUCCGCUGCCCGGCCAUUUUAUACUACUCCCUGCCCGCGCUGGCGGGGCGUUUCCAGGGACUGAUGGACGUCGGGGUGAGCAUGGAGCAGGUGAAGAAGUCCCCCAACGUCCUGGAGCUCACCACGCAGAUCGUGCUCUAUCGAAUCCAGAAGCUGGCCUCCUACGGGUACGAUGUGAGCUCCGGCAGCCUGGACGUCAUCGUGGGAACCAAGAAGGACUUUGAGACGAGUUACGGAAAGCUGCACCUCCGGCAGCAGCGGCCGCUCUUCAACCCCGUGGCUCCGCUCAGAUCUGCCGAGGAGUGAACGCUCAGAGACGGUUGAUGCAAAUGUUGGUGAGGGAGGGGUGUGAAUGUUAUUUGAUGCGUGCAAGACACACUAAGAGGAGAGGCAGGUUGAAAUACAAAAACCUCCAGCAAUAAAGUACUUGAAGUAUUGAGAACAACUGUGUAAUGAAACUAAGAUGUUCCAGCCUGUGGCCUUCAUCCGUGUUCCUUUGACUUCAUGCAGAGAGGGCUCAUAACACUGACUGUUAGUACUGUAUCUUAUAUGUCAGAAAAUAUACUGACAAAACAUUGACGAGUGGAAAUGAGUGACUACUGUAAUUCACAAAAUGAUUGUGGUUUGAUGAGCAAUAAAUG